GAAAGAAUGGAUAUAGCAAACUGUUCCUUGAAUGAAUUCAUUUUUGUGGGAGUUACCAAUAACCCAGAGAUGAAAAGGACACUGUUUGCCAUCUUUCUCCUUAUCUAUGUCAUCAAUCUUCUGGGGAAUCUUGGCAUGAUCAUUUUGAUCAGAGUGGAUCCUCAGCUGCACACACCCAUGUACUUUUUCCUGAGCCACCUCUCUUUCUGUGAUCUCUGCUAUUCCACAGCAAUUGGUCCCAAGAUGCUGGUAGAUAUGUUUGGCAAGAACAAGUCAAUUACUUUCUGGGGCUGUGCUCUGCAGCUCUUCAUUUUCUGUACCUUUGCAGAUUCUGAGUGUGUGCUGCUGGCAGUCAUGGCCUUUGAUAGAUACCAGGCCAUUAGCAACCCCUUGCUCUACACAGCAAACAUGUCCAGCAGGAAAUGCUUCAUGCUCACUGCUGGAGUUUACCUGGUGGGAACAUCAGAUGCUUUGAUACAUUCAACUUUGGCAUUCCAGUUGUGUUUCUGUGGAUCUAAUGAGAUCAACCACUUCUUCUGUGAUCUACCUCCACUUUACCUUCUCUCCUGCUCUGAUACUCAAGUAAAUUACCUGGCAUUAUUUACUAUUUAUGGUUUCCUUGAACUGUCCACCAUCUCAGGAGUCCUUGUUUCUUACUGUUACAUCAUCUCAUCAGUCUUAAAAAUCCAUUCAUCUGAAGGGAGGUUCAAAGCUUUCUCUACCUGCACCUCUCACUUGACCGCGGUGGCUAUUUUUCAGGGAACUCUUCUCUUCACAUAUUUUCGACCAAGUUCUUCUUAUUCUCUUGAUCAAGACAAAAUGACAUCUCUAUUUUAUACUCUUGUGAUCCCUAUGCUGAACCCACUUAUUUACAGCUUAAGGAACAAGGAUGUGAAAGAGGCCUUGGAGAAAAUUAGAAGAAAAAGACGGUUUUAA